AUGGCCAUGCCGCCGACGGCUCAGCAAAUUAAGAAUUUCUUCCAAAAUGAAGACUCCUCAAACGUUGAUGCCAUCGGAAACGCUAUUGCAUUCUUAGUCGAGGAGCAGAACAAGCAGAGGCGGGACCGGGUGGGGAAGCUCCCCGACACGGAGCUGGAUCCAGUUCACGAUGAGCUGCUUCUGGCAUUGACGGUCGUGGAGAGUCUCUCGCGGAGGCCUCCAGGCCCCUCCAUCGAGACCACCCCGCACCUGCUUGCAGCAGCCUCGAGGGCGCGGCUCCGCAUUAACGCCGGUGAGACACCCUCCCCGCGGAGGCCCCCCUUCAGUGGCUGGGAGUUGACGACCUUCUUCACGGGCCUGGCCAGCUCGGGCCUUGGCGUGUACCUUCAGCGGCUCGUUCAAGGCGACGCCCGGCAAGGGUUAUGGCGUGGGGGCUGCUUGGGGGCAGGUGACGAACAACCUGGGCACCUGGUUUAUGGGAGCGGCGAUGAGCAAGUACGGGCAGCGCGCCCGCCACAUACUCUGAUGAGCCUUAGCAAGCUAGGGGGAGAGCUAGCAAGGCAUAACUGA